CAAGGUGUUACAACAUUUUUGGGACACCCUGUAAUUCAAGUUUUCUUUGGAGCGACUAAGAGCGCCAGUUUCAGGUAUAAUGGUGUUACAAUACUUAGUUUACGGACCAUUCGCACGCAGCGCUAAACUUGCGUCGCCUACUAUUAGGAGAUAGUGUCCUUUUUACAGAUUCCUCGCUCCAUCUUUCCCUCUCUUUUUCUCUUCUCCCCCUCCUGAUAUCCUACAGUUCUACUUGGUUCUACUCUUCCUCUCGACUUCUCGAAGAUUUGCGCGUAUCGAGUCGAGUCCAACAUCCAUACGUACCGACCUAAACUUCUCUAUUUGCAUGACAACACAGUGCUCGGUGAACCAUUCGCUACGUAAAUCACAUUCACGUUUCUUCGUCAAUUAUUUCGCAAACUUUCAACGAACAUUUUUCCAGUUUUUUUUUCUUCUUUUUGUUUGUUGUCUAUCUCGGUUCCUCUUUCCCCUCUUGGGUACGCGAGUGCGUGAAUAACAGAUAGUGCAACGGAGUUCGAACAUCGAUGCAUCAAUACUGAAGAUUCCCGGUGGCGACAGUAUCAGAAAAUAUUUUCCGUGUGAGGUUACAUGGACUCGUUGAAAUGUCGUGGCCCAUCAAACGGCGGACUCACGAUUAGCACAGGGAGGCAACAUCCGUGAGCAACGACAUCACAAUGCGCAUGUUGCUGCCACUGGCAUUGGUCAUCGUCGCAGCAGGUUUGCUGCUGGCAACUACAGAAGCAAAUGCCCAUUUGCACAUGCAAUCUGACACUGUCAAACACUUUACCAUUAGCGAACAUGAACAAGCGAUCGCUGGUAUAGAAGCCAGCCUUCUCUCGCUUCUUGGUUUUGCAAAAAGACCAAAACCACAAGGUCCAGCUUAUGUACCAGAGUCAUUAAAAAAGCUUUUUGUUAAACAAAAUACCAUUGGUAUGGCUGAUAUUGCUAAACCAGGAAUUCAUACCAGAUCUGCUAACACAGUUCGCUCUUUUGUUCAUGUCGAAAGUGACCUGGAUCAUAAAUUUCAAUCUCCAAAUCGCUUUCGUCUUUCUUUUGACUUGAGUAGCAUACCUUCAAGAGAGAAAUUACAAGCUGCAGAAUUGAGUCUUUCGCGUGUACCUAUUUUAAGUAAAGGAGACACCACCCAACAGUUGGGUAGAAUACUUGUAUAUGAUAUUUUGCGGCCUGGUGCGAAAGGACACAGUGCUCUACUGCUACGUUUAAUUGAUAGUAAACCAAUAAAUACUAGGAAGAAUGCUACAAUUAGUCUAGAUGUUCAUCCUGCUGCAGAAAGGUGGAUAAAAGAUCCUAAAAAUAAUCAUGGACUCCUGGUGCAUGUGCGUGGAACUAAACAGGAGCAUGUACGCUUAAAAAGGAGUAUAAACGAGAGGAAUGAUACAUGGGUUAUUAGUCGACCAAUGUUAUUUACUUACACAGAUGAUGGCAGGUACAAAAUGUCCUCUGCAAGCCAGAUAAUAGAUCGUCGUGCCAGAAGAGCAGCACUUCGAAAGAGUCGCCGAAAAGAUGGCCGUGAAAACUGCAGGCGACAUCCGCUUUAUGUUGACUUUGCAGAUGUUGGUUGGAAUGAUUGGAUCGUUGCCCCUCCUGGUUACGAUGCUUUUUACUGUCACGGUGAUUGUCCUUUCCCUAUAGCAGACCACUUAAAUUCUACCAAUCACGCGAUCGUUCAAAAUUUGGUUUAUUCGACAAAACCAAGCAUGGUGCCAAAAGCUUGUUGCGUACCUACAGCACUCAGUUCGAUAUCCAUGCUGUAUCUCGACGAAGAGAAUAAAGUGGUUUUGAAAAAUUAUCAAGACAUGGCGGUUCUUGGAUGUGGGUGCCGUUGACCAUUUGCUCCGCGGUUUAGUUAAAUAUUUUGACAGUGAAGAAUCUACGUAGACUUAAAAUGACAAUGGUUAAAAAGGUAUUAGUAAAAUAAGACAAUGGAGAAAUUUUUAUAUAUUGAACGGAUAGUUUAGUUUCAUAAUUUUAUGUAAAUGUUUAUCACUUUUUUACAAUUAGUUUUCUGUUUGAAUUUUCAAUUCGUUUUUGUAAUAAUUAUAAUAUCUUCAAAUUUCUCUUGUAUUAGUAGUUUAAUACACUUACGAGAAGUAAUGGAAUCAAUUUUUAAAAUGAUUCAAACAUUUCAAAUGUAUUUUAAACAUAUAGUGAACAGAUAUUUCAGUUUAUUUUAGUAUUAUAAAGUGUAUUGGAAAUUGUUGCAAUAUUAUAAUGAACAAUCUUUAUUGGAGGACACAUUGAAACAAUUAUUUUAAGGUAUUUUUUUUAAAGAUUAUUUAAUUUCCUAUAACAUGAAAAACAUGUGUUUUUUUAUUUCAUGUCAACUAAUUUACAUUAGGAUAAAAUAGUUUCAAUAAGACAUAAUAUUAUGUUUUUAUCAUAUACGUAUAACAUUUUUUUAAACUGAAGUUUUCCUCGUGGGAACCAAAAAUUUAUACAACAUAAAAAUUAUGUACAGAGUUCUUACUUAUAAUUGUCGGUCCAAUAUUUGCAAACAUGCGGAAGUUAUAAAAUGCAAUAAAACAAGUUGUAAGUAAACAUAGGUCAAUUGUCUAAUUGUUUCUGAAUUGUUAAACUAUUUGUAAUUACAUAUUGUAAAUUACAAUUUGAGAAUAAGAUUAAGCACUGUGAUAUACAUUCAAAAUCAUUCCAUACUUUAAAGGUGUAAAUCAAUGAAUCUAAAACCUUGAUUCAAAAUUAAAAAAGAAAUAUGAAGUUUUAAUCACGUAAUAAGAUAGCUGAUUGUGAAUAAGGAAACUUACUAAAUUAUUUUUAUUUCAUAAUUUAGAAACAGCCUAUGUUGAUCUCUUACUCUCUGUACUUAUACAUGAUUAAAUACAGUAACCUCCACUUAAUUGUUAUUCAAACUUUACUUUUUAUUAGAAUAUAACACAUUUCAAGUUUUAAUCUUCUUAUUUAAUUUUCAUUGCCAGAUUUAACAUUAAUAUUCAUUUUCUCUUUUUGUUUGAUAAAUUGAUCACAUUUAACAUAGUGAUUCCCUCGUCCUUGCUAAUGUCUUUAUAAAUAUUUUCUAUACAUUUAUAUAUUAAAUGAAGUAUUAUUUGAAGUAUUUCUCUCAAUUCUUUUUUAAUAUACAGAAGUAUCCUAUUUAAUUUCAUUUACCGUUUGGAAUUAAAAUUGUAUAUUGAAAGUAUAUAAUUGCCAAGCAAUUGAAGGACUUGCUGUAUUUAUCAAUAUCACUGAGAAAUUCGAUAAAAGAUUGAAUUUUUAAAGUAUUAAUGUCUUAAAAACAAACGAAUAACCCCUGUCGCCAAGAAUGAACCGUACCUGUUUAAGGAACGAUUAUUUAUUCUAUUAACGAACAAAUCUAAGCGUAUGUAUAUUUGUACAAAAAAAGAAGACAGAAAACAAGAAAUGUUAAGAAUCGUACGUAUUUGUAACGCGCGUCGGCCUGUAAAAUCUGUAAAAUAGAUAGAAAUAACAAAGGACCAAUGUAAAUAGUGCGCAUGUAUAGUGCAUAGUAUAUAGUAUAUAUAGUAUUUUAUUUCAUAUUUUUAUUGGUAUUUUUACAUCCAUCGAUUGUAUACAAAUAUUGCGUAUGUAAAUAGUAAACGAAUUUUAAUAAAUAAAUAUGUUCAAUUACA